UGGUGAGUUGCAAAAGCCCGACGAGGAAUAUCUCUUGCAUCGAUAAUAUUGAGUCCCAGAAUACUAAUAGAGUGAAUGGUAAUUGAUCCAAAUUGGAAUCCGCCAAAGUGUAACCGAUCGGUGAGAAACUGCAACACACCGUCACCGGGUGGUGGACAACGUCCUGUGGACAUGGAUCUCGCUAAAGUAGGGUACAACCUUGUAAAAUGUAUCCGGACAGGAGAGAUGGUUGAACUGAGGUCCCUGUGGCAGGAGCAGGACUGUGUGAUCUUUUUCCUGAGGAGAUUUGGAUGUCAGGUGUGUCGAUGGACUGCGAGGGAGAUCAGCAGACUGAAGGAGGCCUUUGAGCAGAAUGGCGUUCACUUGGCUGGGGUUGGACCUGAGGAGCUUGGUGUAAAGGACUUCAUGGAAGGGCAGUAUUUCAAAGGAGAUCUGUAUAUUGAUGAGAGGAAACAGUGCUACAAAGACUUGGGGUUUAAAAGGUACAAUACACUCAACCUGUUACCAGCAGCUUUGAGUCAGAAAGUGCGGCAAGUUGCUACCCAGGCAAAUAAAGAUGGAAUCUCAGGAAAUUUCUCCGGUGACGUGAUGCAGAGUGGAGGUUUGCUAAUUGUCAGCAAAGAUUUAACGUGUGUGGGACCCUGCCGCAGACAGAUGAGCUAAACUGCUGACAAAAUGACACACUUGCACUUCAACAACCAUUCAUUGAAUGGGAAAUGCUUGGAGAUGGCUUGAUGCUCUGGAAUUCUCUCACCAUGUCUCCCUUGCUGAGGGCUACCGUUUAACAUUUUAUCCAAAAGAUGACUCCAGUAACCAUUCAGCACUACUCCAGUACUUCACUAUAAUGACCCUGAAAUGGAGUGAAUAUCAGAGGCAGAAUGCCUCUCACUGACAUUGUACAGUGUGUUUAGUGCUAUUGACUGGAACUGUGUUUUUCAGUAUCUGACUAUAGCUUUUUUUCCUUCCUAAAAUCUUCCUAUUUGGCUCAGCCUUUGGUCACCUGGUCUCUUACUGUUAGAUAACAUUACUGUGAAGCACAUUGGGCUGCUUUGUUCUAUUGAAGGUCUGCAUAAUGCAAGUUGUUAAUGUUACUGGACUUGCUACAAUGCUGGAACCACUUUGGGUUGUCAGUCUAGCUUAUACACUUAAACCCUGGAGCAGGGAUGGACCCUUA